GUCACUUGACACGACGGACACCAGCCUGUCUCCCACAACACCUCUGGCACUCAUGCACCCUCUGCCAAUGUGCCACCAUUGAAUGACACUCUGCCCCUAGGGGAAGGAAAAGUGUGCGUAGUCCUGCUGAGUGGAAGAAAAACUUAGCUAAAAGAUGAAGGACUAGGAGAAACAUACGUGAGCAAGUCUACAGGCUGCCACAUACAGGUUGGAGAAAUCAGAAAAAAUGUUGCAAAUCCUGGAACUGUACAGUGGAAUUGGCGGAAUGCAAGCUGCAGCCAAGGAGAGUGGGCUACCUUUCAAUGUAGUGGCCUCCUAUGAAAUCAAUCCAGUGGCUGUAGAUGUGUACUGUAGCAACUUCCCAGGCACCAGUAAGCCCCGCAACAUUCUGGGGCUCACCAUGGAAGAGCUGACUAGACUCUCUCCAGAUAUUAUCAUGAUGAGUCCGCCUUGCCAGCCAUUUACAAGACAGGGUCUAAAGCGAGAUGCAGAAGAUGCACGCUCCUCGUCCUUCCUGCAUUUGGUGGAUUUGCUGCGAAGGGUCCCACACCCUCCAAGAAUGAUCCUGCUGGAGAAUGUAGCUGGAUAUGAGACUUCCCAGACCAGAGAGCAUCUAGUGGAUAUGCUCUUCCACAGAGGAUACACAUGGCAGGAGUUCCUGUUAUCCCCCACCCAGUUUGGAGUUCCCAACUCUCGUCUGCGAUAUUACUUGCUGGCAAGGCUGUCAAUGGAAUCUUUUCCGUUCACUACUUCCCAGGAGGUGUGGACUGAUUUUCCAUUCUGCUUGUGUCUCCUGAGUGAAGCCUCUUGUGUGUCCUAUAGUAAGAUCUGCUGCAAGUGCUCAAAAUCUAUUAAACCAUCUCUCCAUUCACUAUUGCAGAAGUUUCACUCCAGUCAUCAGGAUAGUCUACAGAAUAACUCACCACUAAUGUCACUAUCACUUUCUCAUUACCUUAUUGAUGAGGUAAACUUAAAAGACUUUUUAUUACCAGAUAAGGUGUUAAAAAAAUAUCAUAUGUUAUUAGACAUUGUUAAUCAUCAGUCACAAAGAUCAUGUUGUUUUACAAAGGGAUAUGCACACUAUGUUGAAGGAACAGGAUCUGUUGUGCAACACAACAGUCAAGUUGAUAUGUCAGAGAUUUACUCAAAAGUACAGGCUCUAAGUGAUGAUGAUCAACUCAAAGUAGAAUUGCUGCAUCAACUGGAAUUGAGAUAUUUCACUCCUGAGGAAGUGGCUCGAUUAAUGUGCUUUCCAUCCUGGUUCACCUUUCCUUCCACAACAACAAGAAAGCAGAGAUACAAGCUGCUAGGGAAUAGCAUAAAUGUCUUGGUUGUAACUUGUCUGUUAUUGGUUUUAGUUGAAAAUCAAUAAACAUAUACCACUUUA